CCCACACACUCAUUUUAACACGAUGACCCGAAGAAGACGAAGACGACGACGACGACCAGGAGAAGGUGAAGCCAAUGCGGGGGAGGGGCGGCAAAGGCGUAAGCGAGCGGAGAACCCCAGCAAGAUGGGCGGCCGUCCUUUGCGCCUGUAGCUUCGUGCUCGGGAUGCUCUUCUCCCAUAGAUUCUUCUUGGCGAGUCAAGGUGGUGACCAGGUCGUCUCCCUCAGGCGGCAGGAUCAGGAGCUGCAGAUCUUGUCGGAAGAUUUCGCAACGAAAAGGAGGCCGGUGCGGAAGGAGGACGUGAUGGGGGAGAUGGCUAGGACACAGGAGGCCCUAAAAUCUUUGGAUCAGACGAUCUCAAGUAAACAGAGCAGGAAAGCAUUCAUUGUGAUAGGGAUCAACACUGCUUUCAGCAGUCGGAGGAGGAGGGAUUCCGUUAGGGAGACCUGGAUGCCCCAAGGUGAAAAACUUAAAAAGCUGGAACAUGAGAAAGGAAUUGUUGUCCGAUUCAUGAUUGGCCGUAGUGUGACCUCUAAUAGCAUACUUGAUAAAGCUAUUGAUUCUGAGGAUGCUCAGCAUAACGACUUUCUCCGGCUGGAGCAUAUCGAAGGUUAUCAUGCACUCUCUGCAAAAACAAAAACAUUCUUUUCCACGGCUCUAGGCAUAUGGGAUGCGAACUUUUAUGUCAAGGUGGAUGAUGAUAUUCAUGUGAAUCUAGGUGUGUACAAGAACUUGUUUGAUGUUAUGCACUUUGUUUUUACCCGUGGAUACAAAUGUGGACAACCGAAUGCAGGUAUGCUAGCCAUGACUCUUUCUCGACACAGAUCAAAGCCUCGUGCCUAUAUCGGGUGCAUGAAAUCUGGCCCAGUGCUUUCGGAUAAAAACAUCAAGUACCAUGAACCUGAGUACUGGAAGUUCGGAGAUGAAGGGAACAAGUAUUUCCGUCACGCUACUGGACAGAUUUAUGCUAUUUCUAAAGACCUUGCCUCGUACAUAUCAAUAAACCAACACAUUCUACAUGAAUAUGCAAACGAAGAUGUGACACUGGGUGCAUGGUUUAUCGGGCUUGAUGUAGAACACAUCGACGACAGAAACAUGUGCUGCGGGACUCCUCCAGACUGCGAAUGGAAGGCUCAAGCAGGAAAUGUCUGUGUUGCGUCCUUCGACUGGAGCUGCAGCGGGAUCUGCAAGUCGGUGGAGAAGAUCAAGGAUGUGCAUCAGAAGUGUGGUGAAGGCAAUACAGGUCUAUGGAGUUCUUUAUUCUGACAUGCAAAUGUGGCUACCCAAUUAUUACUAAACAUGAUUGAAGUAGUGAGAAGAAACAAGCAGAAACAGAGACCAAACUCCAAAAGGGAGAAGCAAAGAAGCGUAUCUAUGCUUUGUGGAACAUUACAAAAUUUUCUUUACUCCGAAGUCUAAUCAAUACGAAGACCUGUAAAUUUUGUAAAUUUCGUCCAAUCAUUUCUUUUUCUCUUCAGUUGUUUCUGUGUUAUGAUAUAGCAUAGUAUAUGGGCUCAUGAGAAAUCUUAAGAGGUUAAUUUGUUUGUGA